GGUGAAUCUUCUUUCAUUUUUGAACACCGAUGAAAGCAAGCGACGAGAUCGACCGCGUCUUCCUGGACAAGAAGUUCAGCGCGACCAAGUACAUGCUGCGGUACAUUGUCGGCGCGUCAGAGGAUGUGCGGAAGGACCAGCUGCAGACCAUCGGUCGGUAUCGGUCGUUGGCUGACCAGGAGAUCGCGGGGGUGGUCGAGUCCAAUUACUCCAACUUUAACGCUUCCUUGGGCAAAUUCAACGUCAUCUCCAACCAGCUCCAGGAGGCGCGGGCGGGUCUUGUGGAAGUGAGCAAGCGCAGCAUGGAAGGCAAGGCGAUCUUGACCGCCAAAACCAAAAACCUAAACGAGUUGCUCUUGCUGAAGUACGAGUCCAAGAAAGUGAUCGAAGUAGUCGACGACAUCGACUUUAUCGACAAGGCGCCAAGCCAGAUCCGACACGCGCUGGGUGCGAAGAACGCGACGGCUGCCGUGGACAUGUACUUGCGCGCGUUCGAGUUGGUGCUCAGCGACAAGCUGGCCGUGUUCCACGCCAUCGCGAGCAUGCGCAAUGCUCUCAUGGAGUGCAAGCAGCUCAUCGAAGACCAUAUCGUUCAAGAACUCGAGUCGAUUCUAUUUUUGCAGGUUUGUUCGGUCGUUGGUUCAAAGUUCAACGGGUCGUCGUCGAGUAUAGGACGUGUUUAAGACGUUUGCCAAAGGCCUCAAGCAAACCGUCCCCGUGUUUCAAACGCUUUUGGCCGAAGCGGACGUUCUGUACACUACCGCCACCAACACUGUGUCCCCCCCCGCAUCCAUCAUUGGUGCCAUGAAUACCUCUGGACGUCCAGACACUUGGAAAGCGUCCGCGCCGCCCACGGCAAACCCGCUGGCGAUGCUGGUCACUUGUGUGAAACGGCUGGCGCGGCAAGUCGAUGUGUCUGGCACGUUGAAAAAUACACGGCGGGUGCAGCUGGACUCGGUCCUCACCCACGUGGCCGCGCUGUGCCAAGGCAAGGGGUAUUACGAAGAGGCGACAUUUGGCACGCACGCCGCGUCGGGCAACUUUGAAACAUUUGUGCAAGUGUUGGCGCAAGUGCUUGAGCAACUAGUGCGGCGCCAUGCGUUGCUGGUAGAAUGCAUGGACCACGGCAGCUGCACUCUCUCGGAUGUGCUUCAAAGCGUGUUUCGACUGGUCCAGGAGCAAGUGGGAAUGUAUACGGACGGGGUGGCUGUGACGCUGCUGUCAACUCCACCGCCGACGUUGUUGCCAAGUGCGACGGGGUUAUUUCGAUUCGCGCAGCUCCAGCAAGAAGCGGCGGCGGUUGUUCCACCGCCUUCUUCUUCCCAGGGCGACUCAAAGCGACUGGUCGUGUGCCCCGCCAGUUUGUUUCAUAUGCCCGUCGUGUACGCCGACUUGGUUCGGUUUUCAGACGCGGUUCAAGCGGCGGCGGGCGCGGCGUCGUCGUACGCGGCAGAUAUGUUACACCCGUAUUUGAUUAAAGGGUGGUUCCCGCGGCUCAAAGCAGAAGCUGAGAACUUUCUCGCUCGCCCCACGACGCGAGUGCCCCGCCGUUUCGACCUGUCACCGCCAUUGGACGUACCGUUGCAAGUGCCAGACGUGCACGUGAUGCUGCAUCUUGUGGACGCGAUGUUUGAUAUGUUGGCCACGAUGCCGUCGUUCGAAAUCGAAGUCGCGGGGGUUUUGGAAGCCACCAUGUUGCGCUACGUCGAAGAGUGUUCGGCAAUUGUCCGAAAAAUAUGCGACGGCACGCUGAAUCAGCUGGAAACGGGCGUCGCGGCGUCGGAACUCAUGCGGACGUUUCAAGAUUCGGCCGUGUACUUGAUGGCCAAAGGCAAAGUGCCCCAUCAACCGGUCGCCCAAGUCGUACCGACGACCACCUGUGACCAUACGGAGGAUGCAGCGUCCCCAGGACACAGCUACGGGUACAGCUACGCGCUGCCCACGCCCAUUCUCUCAACAACGUCACAGGCGGCUGCCACCAGCACCACGUCCGAGAUGUCGUCGUCGUCCAAGACGGACCAGCUACAGGCGACUGAGUGGGAGUUUGAAGUCAAGUUUAAAGACCCAGCGUUUUGGACGCUGCCAGUGACCAAGCGGCUGCUGUUUGACCAGGGCAAGCUCGCCAUGCUCGCGUACAUCAACAUGGCAUGCGACGCUGUGUCACUGCACACGGAAGCGCGCAUUCAGUCGGCUGCCGUGGCCAUCUCUGCCGACACCCUCGAGCACGUCCUCCACAACGUCAAGUCAGUCAGUUGGCGAUGCAGUGGCCUCGCGGACGAAUGUCUUUUCUUUUUGCGGCGGGAACUGCGACUCCAUGCGUUUUACUACCUCACCCAAGUGACUUCAUCACCAUCAUCCUCCCCUACUUCCACCGCCGCGGCGCCGUCGUCCACAUUGGUGGCGCCGCACGAGUGCAUUGUUGGUUGGAAUGCACACCUCAUGCGAAUGCACCUCCCUUUAACGACCGACAAGAUGGCGUUCGUGUGGGAUGGCCUUGACCGUCUAGAAGCUACGAUUGUCAUGCACAGUGUCCAGUACACGCCCAAAAUGACACUAGCAACUAUCUCGCAAAUGGCCGUGAAUUUGAACGCGUUGCAGCAAAACUUGACAGCGCUCUUGUACGGGUACCCUAUGAUUCGGCGAGACUUUUACCACUUUGAACGCGCGAAACGGUACUUUCAAUUGCUGACGUUGUCCGAAACCGACUUGGAGCUGUUUUUGAUGGAAAAUCGCCGCCUCUUCCCCACCGACUGCCUCCGCGCCAUCUGGCGGGUCGACGUGCCCACGCGUGUGCUGACCAAAUCCAGCGUCAACAAAUUAGAUAGUUUAUUGCGUUAA